AUGUCCAACAUCCAAAAAUGUUUAAAGUCUGCAUACUUCUUUUUGUUGGUCAUCAGCGUCUCCUCUCUGGACUGCAAUUUACUUUAUUCCUAUUUAAGAAACGUCAACUGGGAAGCCAUGAUACUUCUGAGCAAGAUGAACAAAGAGUUUCCUCGCAAAUGUCUAAGUAUAAGGAUGGAUUUUGAAUUUUCCCAGGAGCUUCUACCACCUGACCAAUCUCUGAAGGAUGUUAAGAUAGUCAUCUAUGAGAUGUCCCAACACAUCUUCAACAUCUUCAGUCAGAAUUAUCCCCCACACACUUGGGAAGUCGAAAAUAUUCAAAAAAUUCAAAUUGGACUUGAUCAGCAAAUUGAGUAUCUACAAAAAUGCUUGGAGGAAGAUGAGAAAGAAAAGGAGGAGCUGGAGAAAGAGGUAGAAGAUGAAAUUAGUUACUCAGGACUUGCUAUCCUCCAGCUGAACAACCUGGAACUGAAGAGAUAUUUCAAGACAAUAGGGAGUUUCCUAAAAGAGAAGAAGUAUAGCCACUGUGCAUGGGAAAUAGUCCGACUGGAAAUGAGAAGAUGUUUCUACAUACUUCAGAAACUCAUAUCACAACUCAAAUAA